AUGGGUAGGGCGGGCAGCAUGGGUCGGGCGGGCAGCAUGGGUUGGGCGGGCAGCAUGGGUUGGGCGGGCAGCAUGGGUUGGGCGGGCAGCAUGGGUUGGUCGGGCAGCAUGGGUCGGGCGGGCAGCAUGGGUCGGGCGGGCAGCAUGGGUUGGGCGGGCAGCAUGGGUCGGGCGGGCAGCAUGGGUUGGGCGGGCAGCAUGGGUUGGGCGGGCAGCAUGGGUUGGGCGGGCAGCAUGGGUUGGGCGCGCAGCAUGGGUCGGGCGGGCAGCAUGGGUCGGGCGUGGCAGCAUGGGUCGGGCGGGCAGCAUGGGUUGGGCGGGCAGCAUGGGUCGGGCGGGCAGCAUGGGUUGGGCGGGGCAGCAUGGGUUGGGCGGGCAGCAUGGGUUGGGCGGGCAGCAUGGGUUGGGCGCGCAGCAUGGGUCGGGCGGGCAGCAUGGGUUGGGCGGGCAGCAUGGGUAGGGCGGGCAGCAUGGGUUGGGCGGGCAGCAUGGGUUGGGCGGGCAGCAUGGGUUGGGCGGGCAGCAUGGGUUGGGCGGCAGCAUGGGUUGGGCGGGCAGCAUGGGUUGGGCGGGCAGCAUGGGUUGGGCGGGCAGCAUGGGUUGGGCGGGCAGCAUGGGUUGGGCGGGCAGCAUGGGUCGGGCGGGCAGCAUGGGUCGGGCGGGCAGCAUGGGUCGGGCGGGCAGCAUGGGUGGGGCGGGCAGCAUGGGUUGGGCGGGCAGCAUGGAUUGGGCGGGCAGCAUGGGUCGGGCGGGCAGCAUGGGUCGGGCGGGCAGCAUGGGUCGGGCGGGCAGCAUGGGUCGGGCGGGCAGCAUGGGUUGGGGCGGGCAGCAUGGGUUGGGCGGGCAGCAUGGGUUGGGCGGGCAGCAUGGGUUGGGCGGGCAGCAUGGGUUGGGCGGGCAGUAUGGGUUGGGCGGGCAGCAUGGGUUGGGCGGGCAGCAUGGGUUGGGCGGGCAGCAUGGGUUGGGCGGGCAGCAUGGGUCGGCGGGCAGCAUGGGUCGGGCGGGCAGCAUGGGUUGGGCGGGCAGCAUGGGUUGGGCGGGCAGCAUGGGUGGGGCGGGCAGCAGGGUCGGGGCGGGCAGCAUGGGUCUGGGCGGGCAGCAUGGGUCGGGCGGGCAGCAUGGGUUGGGGCGGGCAGCAUGGGUUGGGCGGGCAGCAUGGGUUGGGCGGGCAGCAUGGGUUGGGCGGGCAGCAUGGGUCGGGCGGGGCAGCAUGGGUCGGGCGGGCAGCAUGGGUCGGGCGGGCAGCAUGGGUUGGGCGGCGGGCAGCAUGGUCGUCGCGGGCAGCAUGGUUGGGCGGGCAGCAUGGGUUGGCGCGGGCAGGCAGGGUUGGGCGGGCAGCAUGGGUUGGGCGGGCAGCAUGGGUUGGGCGGGCAGCAUGGGUGUGGCGGCAGCAUGGGUCGGGCGGGCAGCAUGGGUCGGGCGGGCAGGCAGGGUCCGGGCGGGGCAGCAUGGGUCGGGCGGCAGCAUGGGUCGGGCGGGGCAGCAUGGGUCGGGCGGGCUAGCAUGGGGUCGGGCGGGCAGCAUGGGUCGGCGGGCAAGCAGUGGGUUCGGGGCGGCGGCAGCAUGGGUCGGGCGGGCAGCAAUGGGUUGGGCGUGCAGCAUGGAUUGGGCGGGCAGCAUGGGUUGGGCGGGCAGCAUGGGUUGGCGGGCAGCAUGGGUUGGGGGGCAGCAUGGGUUGGGCGGGCAGCAUGGGUUGGGCGGAGCAGCAUGGGUUGGGCGGGCAGCAUGGGUUGGGGCGGGCAGCAUGGGUUGGGCGGGCAGCAUGGGUUGGGCGGGCAGCAUGGGUUGGGCGGGCAGCAUGGGUUGGGCGGGCAGCAUGGGUUGGGCGGGGACAGCAUGGGUUGGGCGGGGCAAGCAUGGGUUGGGCGGGCAGCAUGGGUUGGGCGGGCAAGCAUGGGUCGGGCGGGCAGCAUGGGUAGGGCGGGGCAGCAGGGUCGGGCGGGCAGCAGGGGUCGGGCGGGCAGCAUGGGUGGGGCGGGCAGCAUGGGUUGGGCGGGCAAGCAUGGAUUGGGCGGGCAGCAUGGGGUCGGGCGUGGGCAGCAUGAGUCGGGCGGGCAGCAUGGGUCGGGCGGGCAGCAUGGGUUGGGCGGGCAGCAUGGGUUGGGCGGGCAGCAUGGGUUGGGCGGGCAGCAUGGGUUGGGCGGGCAGCAUGGGAUGGCGGGCAGCAUGGGUUGGGGCAGCAUGAGCAAUGGGUUGGGCGGGCAGCAUGGGUUGGGCGGGCAGCAUGGGUCGGGCGGGCAGCAUGGGUCGGGCGGGCAGCAUGGGUUGGGCGGGCAGCAUGGGUCGGGCGGGCAGCAUGGGUUGGGCGGGCAGCAUGGGUUGGGCGGGCAGCAUGGGUUGGGCGCGCAGCAUGGGUUGGGCGGGCAGCAUGGGUCGGGCGGGCAACAUGGGUCGGGCGGGCAGCAUGGGUCAGGCGGGCAGCAUGGGUCGGGCGGGCAGCAUGGGUCGGGCGGGCAGCAUGGGUUGGGCGGGCAGCAUGGGUUGGGCGGGCAGCAUGGAUUGGGCGGGCAGCAUGGGUCGGGCGGGCAGCAUGGGUCGGGCGGGCAGCAUGGGUUGGGCGGGCAGCAUGGGUUGGGCGGGCAGCAUGGGUUGGGCGGGCAGCAUGGGUUGGGCGGGCAGCAUGGGUCGGGCGGGCAGCAUGGGUCGGGCGGGCAGCAUGGCAUGGAUUGGGCGGGCAGCAUGGGUUGGGCGGGCAGCAUGGGUUGGGCGGGCAGCAUGGGUUGGGCGGGCAGCAUGGGUUGGGCGGGCAGCAUGGGUCGGCGGGCAGCAUGGGUCGGGCGGGCAGCAUGGGUCGGGCGGGCAGCAUGGGUCGGGCGGGCAGCAUGGGUUGGGCGGGCAGCAUGGGUCGGGCGGGCAGCAUGGGUUGGGCGGGCAGCAUGGGUUGGGCGGGCAGCAUGGGUUGGGCGGGCAGCAUGGAUUGGGCGGGCAGCAUGGGUUGGGGCGGGCAGCAUGGGUUGGGCGGGCAGCAUGGGUUGGGCGGGCAGCAUGGGUUGGGCGGCAGCAUGGGUUGGGCGGGCAGCAUGGGUUGGGCGGGCAGCAUGGGUUGGGCGGGCAGCAUGGGUCGGGCGGGCAGCAUGGGUUGGGCGGGCAGCAUGGGUUGGGGCGGGCAGCAUGGGUUGGGCGGGCAGCAUGGGUUGGGCGGGCAGCAUGGGUUGGGCGGGCAGCAUGGGUUGGGCGGGUAGCAUGGGUUGGGCGGGCAGCAUGGGUUGGGCGGGCAGCAUGGGUCGGGCGGGCAGCAUGGGUUGGGCGGGCAGCAUGGGUUGGGCGGGCAGCAUGGGUUGGGCGGGCAGCAUGGGUUGGGCGGGCAGCAUGGGUUGGGCGGGCAGCAUGGGUUGGGCGGGCAGCAUGGGUCGGGCGGGCAGCAUGGGUCGGGCGGGCAGCAUGGGUCGGGCGGGCAGCAUGGGUCGGCGGGCGCAGCAUGGGUUGGGCGGGCAGCAUGGAUUGGGCGGGCAGCAUGGGUUGGGCGGGCAGCAUGGGUUGGGCGGGCAGCAUGGGUUGGGGGGCAGCAUCGGGUUGGGCGGGCAGCAUGGGUUGGGCGGGCAGCAUGGUUGGGCGGGCAGUCAUGGGUUCGGGCGGGCAGCAUGGGUUGGGCGGGCAGCAUGGGUUGGGCGGGCAGCAUGGGUUGGGCGGCAGCAUGGGUCGGGCGGGCAGCAUGGGUUGGGCGUGGCAGCAUGGGUUGGGCGGGCAGCAUGGGUCGGGCGGGCAGCAUGA